AAGCUAUAAUUGCUGCUUGUACGGAUGCAGUCAAAGAUUGGUGGUUGGAACUUUCGACAGAAUACGGAGAUAAUCCAACGAAUAAUUUCACUCACACUGUUUUUAGUCAAAAUUUUUUGCAUUUCACACAGAUGGCUUGGGGUAAAACGCAUAAAAUUGGCUGCGGUAGCGCUUUACACUACAAUUAUGGUCAUAAAAUCAAUGUCGUUUGCCAUUAUUUGCCCCGUGGAAAUGUGGAGAAUGAAUUAAUUUACGAACUUGGCGAGCCAUGUAAGGACCAUAGCGAUUGUGAUAUUGGGAAAUGUUUAAAAGAAUCCGGAUUGUGUCGAAAAACAGAAAAAUCUAUAUUUGGACGUUUAUUUCGUUAUCCGGUGUAA